CCCCUCUUACGUAGUCGGAGUCUGGACCGUUGGAUCUCUUCACCCGCUCACCUUUCCUCGGCCACUAUCUUUUUUUUCCCUUGUGCAUGUCAGUGCUUAUUCUGCUCACCUCCGCUUUCUUUGCAUUGUGUGGUGGGCGUUCCCCUCCUUUCCAUCUGUUGUUAUAUAUCCGCCGUGUUCCCAGCCCUUCCUUUGAUCCCACCCAGUAUUCGGAGCACCGCUCAACCGCCUUCCUUUUUGCACUCAAGCGUCUUUGAAAGACUGCCUAUUGUCGUUUCUAUUACCGGCAGUGCCGUGUUAACUCAGACCCAACGUCAACUAGCACCAACCUCGCUAUUCUGGAAACAGUCUCAUCAGGCCAUUCCCCAACAGCAAACCACUGUCCUUGAAAAGCCAACCACCACGGUCCUUUUUGAAACAUUAUACAUCAACCAUCUCACUUUGCCUGCCUUUUGCUACUCUUGAUAUCUUCAUCAUGUUUGCUAAAGCUAUUGCCAUUCCUGCCAUCCUGGCUCUUGCCCAGCAAGUCCAGGCUGAUGUUUGGACUACUGUCUAUGAGACUCACUAUGUCACUAUGGGAGUCAACCCCCCCGCUGCCACUGCUGCCCCGGUCGUUGUCGUUCCUCCUCCCCAGACGACUCUCGUUACCCUGGUCCGCCCUGCUCCCCAGGAGAAUGCUGAGGAGGCCGGUGAUUCUGAUGAGGCUGCCGAUGCCGCCCCGACUCAGAACGCCAACCUUGCUGCUGAUGCUGCCACUUUUGCCAAGCGCGGUAUCGCUUACAAUGACGUUACCCUAGCCAACACCAUGGCCAAGGACUGCCCUAACUGCGGCUGGACCUACAACUGGGAUUCCGCUUCCGCAGGUGUUGCUAAGCGUCUCAACUACAUCCCCAUGCUCUGGAGUGAUCGCUCUGACCACGUCCAAAACUGGAAUGCCAACGCCAACGCUGCUAUCAAGGCUGGUAGCACGGCACUCUUCAGUUUCAACGAGCCCGACAACAAGGGACAAGCCGCCAUGUCUCCCGACUACGCCGCCAAGAAGCACAUCCAAUACAUGAACCCUUUCAAGGGCAAGGCCCUGAUCGGUGCUCCUGCUGUCACCAACAGUGGCAACCCUGGUGAAGGCAUUGAGUGGCUCAAGAGCUUCUUGUCUUCUUGCAAGACUGAGGGUGGCUGCACCGUUGACUUCUGCAACGUGCACUGGUACUCUGGCGCUCAGUACUCCGAAACCCUGUUCACUCACCUUGAUGCCGCCCACAAGGCCUGUGCCAACAAGCCCAUCUGGCUGACUGAGUUUGCUCCCACUGGCGCUAGCGACGCGGAUACCGUCACCUUCCUCAACAACGUUCUUCCUCGUCUUGAGAAGCUUACCUACCUUCAUGCUUAUGCCUACUUCAUGACCAAGAAGGGCAGCUUGAUGGACAACCAGGGUGGCCUCAGCACCUACGGCAAGACUUACGCCGCUCACGCCAAGGGCGCCUAAAUGAUCUCCCCAAGGUCCCUCAACACUAAAUUUUCAACUUUCAAUUCUUGUACAUUCGCUAGGGAAAAAAUACCCGGAUACCUUUAAGACUCUCGUUCAUUCUCCAGAGGAGACUUUUAUGAUUCAAUGAUAUGACGCAAAUAUCAGUGGCCUAGCUCUUGGCUAGCUAGCGCUCCAGAAAUGUUCAUUUUACAUUCGCUGUAUAUAUUCCGGCCUCGUACCGUCCAUGGAUGGUUUUACAUAUUAAAGAGGCCUUCAUUAGACUAGAUUUAGAUUCUUGAUGGCAUUCGUUUCCGAGAAUCAAAUGCAAGUUGUGUUACAAAAAUUCUUAAUUAUUCUCCCAAUAAGCAUGUGUAUGACAAAAGAAGGAAACCCAAGCCACUUCCAGCCCUCUUUACCUCUCAAAAGCGCCCAGUAGUAUCCAGUGUCAUAACAAAUGUUAUUCAUUUCAUUACAAUGCACCUGCCAGAUACUGUAGUGUUGGCUUGCUCUUACUGGUUUGUCCUACCAGCUAAAUCGUUAUCAACAUCACUCAGUGAAGCUGAAUCGUGAGUCGUCGUGGCCUCUGCUGAGACAACGGGAGAGUCAACGAGCUUCGGGUAAUCAGACGAAAAACAGUCAUUGUUAAUUCUAGUGGCGACACCAGAACCUGUAACACUUGCAGACUGUCUAGUCUCUUCCGGGAAGAGUUCAAGAGGGCG